AUGGCGCAGAGCACAGUGGACCCAGCAGCUCUGAGCUGCUGCAUGUGUUUGGAGGAAGUGAGAGAGCCGAUCACUAUUCCCUGUGGACACAGCUACUGCAGCAGCUGCAUCCACAGUCACCGGGACAGGGCGAGGAAAAAGUUCUGCUGCACCGACGGGCAGCUCCCGUGUGUGGUCUGCUGCACGGAUCAACACCAGGCCGGGGGCCAGAGACCGGGAGAGCUGCCGGCCAGGAGGGCCCUGCUGCUCCAUAGCCUCCAGCACAAAGAAACAAACCUAAAGAAUCUCCAACAGGAGGCCCAGGACAUCAGCCGCUCUGCCCAGAGAGCGCUGCAGCAAAGCGGGGAGAGUUUCACACAGAUGGCCCUUCUCUUGGAGAAAAGACGCUCAGAAGUGGAGCGGUGGAUCCGCUCCCAGGAGGAGACUCAACUGAGCCGAGUCCAAGAGCUCCAAGACCAACUGCAGCAGGACGUGAGUGAGCUGAAGAGGAGCCUCUCCGAGCUGGACACACUGGCCCUCACCCAGGAUCAUAACCAGUACUGCCCCCCUCUGGACACAGACUCACAGCACACAGAGUUCAGGAUCCAGACCGGACCAAGGAAGGACUUUGAGGACGUGUCCAGAGCUGUGUCUUCGCUCAGGGACAAACUCCAGCUCAUUCUGGAGAAGGCCAUAGUUCAAAACCAGGAGGACCUGAGCCCUGAGCCUCGCUGCAGAGAGGACUUUCUCAGAUACGCACGGGACAUCACCCUGAACCCUGACACUGCAGACCCACACCUAGCUCUGUCUUUUGGAAACAGAAGAGCAAAGUUUGUGUUUGAUAAGCAGCGUCCUACGGAUGAUCCAGACAGAUUCAGCGUGUAUCAGGUCCUGAGCCGAGAGGCGCUGACGGGCCGCUGUUACUGGGAGCUGGAGUGGGACGGGAUGGUUCUCAUUGCAGCUGCGUACAGAGACACUCAGAGAGACUGUGAGUUUGGAGACAACGGCAAUUCCUGGGCCUUAGACUGUCAGAGCAAAAGUUACUCAUUUUGGUUUAACAAAGUCCGGACCGAGAUCUCCUGUCCAGUCAGGUCCAGAAGAAUCGGGGUUUACCUGGACCACAACGCAGGGAUUCUGUCCUUUUACUGUGUUCAGGGUCAAACCAUGAAGCUCCUCCACAGAGUCCAGACACAGUUCACUCAGCCUCUAUACGCCGGAGUCCUCGUUGGGUUUGUAUCUACAGCUCAUUUCCUUAAACUUAAAUCCUGA